GCGAGAAAUCCAGCACCGUCUCUGAGUGGAAAGCCCCUGCGCACUCCAAGCUCUUUAUUUUGACCAUUGCCUCCCUCCCUCUGUCUCUCUCUGAUCGAAAUGUUGAAUCCUUCAGUGAUUCAAAGACUCGCGUGGAUUUGUUCUCUGUUCUUCCCACCAAGAAAAUUACCUCCUUGACAACCACCUCAUUCUUUUAUUCUGACCUGAGGAACUCGAACCAUUAGAUUUGUAGGAAAUUCUUUUGACGCUUACCAAAUUUACCGCCUGUUUCCUUGAAGUUGAAGGGCCCAAAAGACUUGCUUCCUCUUGGCCCCCCCUCGGAUUUGGGCGUAUAUAUAGGAAGGGUCUGCCGCCUGGCGGAGCAUCCUGUUUCCUUCAUCUUUGGUGCGCUUCUUUGAUAACGCUCUCUCUUCCUCCCCGAUUGCUAGGUUUCUCUUUUGGGAGUGCCAGGUACGAAGAAAGGAACUCUUUUUCCUCCAAAAGAUCCGAUUUUUGUCCCUUUUUCAUCCAAAAGAUUGGCUUUUUGUGGCUUUCUGUUUUGUUUCCUUGGGUUCUUUCGUUGAUAUCACUCGUUCUGGAGUUCUUGUUUCGGUUAUGUUUGGUGGUUGCCUCUUCUCUUGCUGUUUGUAGGUUAAUGAUUUUGGUUGUGGAUGUUAGAUAUGUUCCCAUUUUUGUUUUCCUCUGUGGUGUUUGGUUUUGAAACGAUUAUAUCUGGCACCAUUGAUCUCCGAGUCCUUGAUAUGGAAAAUUCAAACUUACGAUCUUUGAAAAUGUCCAUAGUUUGGGUAAAAAUUUGGUUAUCUCGAUUGCUUUAGAAUGGAUUGCGGUGAAAAGAUUCAUGAUUUUAUGGGUUGGAUGAGAAGUGGUCUUUGUUUUAGAAUUAAUCAUAGAUUCCAUCAAACCAAAUCCAUAUCUGCUUAUGAACUAAAUGUUUCAGAUGUUCUAAUUACUCUUCGAGAAAGAAAUGCUGUAUGUGUUUAUCAAUGCCUAUUACGACCGUUAUCUGCCACCUAAUGUCUUCUAUAGAAAAAGGUUGAGAUCAGUAUUGUUUGAGAUGUAAAAAAUACCGAUGCUGAUUAGGUUCAAUUCCAUGCUGUAUGUCCAUGAAUGCCUUAUAAAAACAGCAAUCCAGCCAUAACAUAGGAUCACCAUCUCGGUGGUUGAUGCCAGGUUUAUAGAGCUGUGUCUCUAAUAGGUACUAUCGUCAGCUAAUAUGGAAUGCUUCUCGAUGAUGUUUAAUUGUUGCUGAACUUGCAUGAUAUGAAUUGGGAGUUUAUAAAUUAAUGGGGAUUACUGUCAUGAUAAUCAUCUACUUAAUUCUGCUUGACUGUUUCUUAUCUUAUUUUUUGGUCUGUUGCCUGAAAACUUCAAACUUCUUUACAGAAUUUUGUUACUCUCUGGGGAGAGGAUUAAGCUGUUCUUUUGAAAACUCAUAUACACUCGAGGCAUUAAUUUAAAUUUAUGUUGGAGUUAUUAAAACUUGGUGAUUUGACAUGAUGGCUAUAUUUGGCAGGAUAUAUCUUUUGAUUUCAAUUCAAGAAUCUAAGAGCAGGGGUCACUUCUAUUGGUAUAUCUCUCUCGUUGCUUUCUUGGGCAUGAGUUGAGGUCGUGAGGAGCAAGUUUGUGGGUUUGACAAGAGAAUCAGAAGAUAUUUUGGUGAGAUCUUUUAUCAUUGUUGAGAAGGAUAUCAAGAUGACUUUGAGAUCAGUCGGUUUCAAGAGAAGUUAUUCAGGAACCAAGACGACCUGUAAUGGUUCCAGUAAACCAGUCUUAAAAGGGUCGUUAAGCUUUAAAAAUUGGGAAUAUAAGAAAAUUAAGCUGGAAAUCACUGCUACUUCCGAGGUUCAGGGCUCUGAAAAUUGUAAGAUGGAACCUAGUUCUAUGAAGAGCACAGGGGUUGGUAAAGUUGCUGGACUGAACCCACCCAUGUCCUCGCCGAGGCCUAAGUGUGAGCUUGAUGCCGCAGCUGUUAAGCUUCAAAAAGUGUAUAAGAGUUACCGAACUCGAAGAAAUCUGGCAGAUUGUGCGGUUGUUGUUGAGGAAUUAUGGUGGAAGGCAUUGGAUUUUGCAUCCCUCAAGCACAGCUCAAUUUCUUUUUUCAAUGUAGAAAAACCGGAGACAGCUGUUUCACGCUGGGCAAGGGCACGAACAAGAGCAGCCAAGGUUGGCAAGGGUUUGUCCAAAAACAGUAAGGCUCGGAAGCUGGCAUUGCAACACUGGCUUGAAGCAAUUGAUCCACGCCAUAGAUAUGGGCAUAAUCUACAUUUCUACUAUGUUGUCUGGUUUAAGAGUGAGAGUACACAGCCAUUCUUCUACUGGUUGGAUGUUGGUGAAGGCAAGGAAGUGAAUCUUGAGAAGUGCCCAAGAAAUAAACUUCAACAGCAAUGCAUCAAAUACCUUGGACCGAAGGAGAGGGAGGCGUAUGAAACCAUUGUCGAGGACGGCAAGUUCGUCUAUAAGCAAAGCGGAGUGCUUGUGAACACUGUUGGAGGUUCUAAGUGGAUAUUUGUUCUCAGCACGUCAAGGGCCUUAUAUGUGGGACAGAAGAAGAAAGGCUCAUUUCAACACUCAAGUUUUCUGGCUGGAGGAGCUACAACAGCUGCUGGGAGAUUGGUUGUGACAGAGGGGAUCUUGAAGGCUAUAUGGCCAUACAGUGGUCAUUACCUCCCAACUGAAGAGAACUUUAAGGAGUUCAUCAACUUUCUUCAAGAAAACAAUGUAGACCUCACUGAUGUCAAGAGAUACUCAAUUGAUGAAGAUGAUGGAUAUCUGUCAUCCGAGAAGCCCAACGAUGUGCCAUCAACGGAGGUGGCAAAGAUGCCCGAGGUGGCGGAGCUUCCUACGACAUCUGAGGAAGGAGACUUGAGCGACGCUGAGGAGGAAGAGCCUCCUACUGAGCCUCCAAAGGCAGAGUUCAAGGGCAACAGCCGGCAGAAACCAACGAUGAUUGAAUUGAGCAAGAGCUUGUCAUGCAAAUGGACAACCGGCGCCGGGCCUCGCAUUGGGUGUGUCCGAGAAUACCCCUCAGAUCUCCAGUUCAAGGCACUUGAGCAAGUUAAUCUUUCGCCAAGGAUCACCCCUUCGCCAGUGGGAAACAAGAGUCCCAUCCCUUCUCCACGCCCCAGCCCCGGGAUGAGGCUUUCCCCCAGGCUUGCAAACGUGGGCCUUUCUUCCCCCACCAUCUCUCUUACUCUUCCUGAGUCCAGAAGGAGAUGAAGGCAUUCCUCAUGCCAAUCCACUGAGACAUUGUAGCUGACAGAGCUUCUAACAGAACAUCGGUGCGCAUGACAAACCGGUGAGGAAAAUAAGGAGCAAGUUUGCUGCAUCCAGCCUGCCAAUAGUCGCAUUUUCACCAAUUCUUUUUGACAUUGUUUGUAUAUAUUUUUAUUUGAUCUGAUUCAUGUUUCUUUUUUUCUUUUCUUUCUUGAUCUGAAGCCUUCCAUGAAAUAAUGUAACUUCUGUAAGUAGCUCAUUCUUUUUUCUAGAUGAGGACAUACAUGUAACACGGAGAAAUUCUUUGGAGAGAAAAUAUAGUUCAGUCUUCUUA